AUGAGUUUCCGUGCUUUAACCGUGAAGGCCUCCGCUAGACCUAUGAUGGCUCUUGCAGCUCGUCAGGCCCCAAUUGGGUUGCGUUACAUGUCUACUCCUGCUCCUCAGGAACCAAAGGCUAAAGCUAAUUCCAUCAUUGAUGCUUUGCCAGGUAACAGCAUCUUGUCCAAGACUGGUAUCCUCGGUACUUCUGCUGCUGCUGCCAUUUAUGCGAUCUCUAAUGAACUAUACGUGAUCAACGAUGAAAGUAUCCUACUGGCUACUUUCUUGGGUUUCUCCUACAUCGUUGUCAAGUUCUUGGCUCCAGGUUACAAGGAAUGGGCUGAUGCUAGAGUCAAGAAAGUUCACGAUAUCUUGAAUGCUUCUAGAACUAAGCACGUUGAUGCCGUCAAGGAUAGAAUUACUUCUGUUUCCGAAUUGCAAAACGUUCAGGAUAUCACUAAGGUCUUGUUUGAAGUCUCCAAGGAAACUGUCCAGUUGGAAGCUGAAGCUUUUGAAUUGAAGCAAAAGGUUGAUUUGGCUCACGAGGCUAAGGCUGUCCUAGAUUCAUGGGUCAGAUACGAAGCUUCUGUGCGUCAAAUGCAACAAAAACAAUUGACUGAAUCUGUUUUGGCUAAGGUUAAGGCUGAAUUGGCUAACCCAAAGUUCCAGGACAAAGUUUUGCAACAAUCUGUUGGCGAAGUUGAACAAUUGUUUGCCAAGUUGAAAUAG